AUGGCCAGAACCAGCGCCAACUUUUCGACAGGCAUGACCUACGGAAAUGACGAGUUAGUACGCGUGCAAGGUGUAUCAAUAGCCGCCUCUGAAGAUCUAGGAAUACCAGAAUUUGAACGCCUCUUACCUUCCUAUUUGCGGGAAUUAGGCUACGAAACCUGUUUGAUAGGUAAAUGGAAUGUCGGUAAAUCUAGAGAGCACUAUCUACCUAACCACAGAGGCUUUAAUACAUUUUAUGGUUUUCUCGACGGGUCUAUUGAUUACUACACUUACGAUCUGAUAGAGACUUGGAAUGGAGACAUUGCGUAUGGUCUUAAUUUGUACAAUAAUACGGAGCCUGUUGAGGAUCAAAUCGGCCAUAUCACAGAAGUAUUUACCGACAAAGCUGUCCAUAUUAUUCAGAAUCAUAACAGCACGUAUCCUUUGUACCUUCAUCUAUCUCAUGCUGCACCCCACGUUGGCGGCGGUAUGGUUAAUCUUCAAACGCCUACAGAUACUAUCGCAGCAAAUAGUCACAUCGCGCAUUCCGCUCGCCGAAUGUAUGCGGGGAUGGUUACCGGCUUAGACAAAAGCGUUGGUCGCGUCGUUGCAGCCUUAUCUGAAAGGGGAAUGCUGCAGAAUACAAUAAUAGUUAUCGUUUCGGAUAAUGGCGCCUUAACUACUGGAGCUUUGCAAAAUUUCGGUUCUAAUUUUCCAUUGCGAGGUGUGAAAGGCACUCCAUGGGAAGGAGCUUUGCGUUCGCCCGCACUCAUAUGGCACCCGCUGUUACCAUCGACGACUUGGAGAGGCCUAUUUCACGUAACCGAUUGGGUGCCAACGCUAUUGAGCGCUGCGGGAGGUAGUAUAGCUACCCAUAUAGACGGAAUAGAUCAAUGGUUUUCGUUGAAAAACGGAGAAAAACCAAAACGUAAGAACGCGUUACUAGCACUUGACAGCCUCAACGGCUGGCUAGCCUUUAGGGAGGGCGAUUUAAAAAUCAUAAUUGGGCAACACAACCAUUCGUGGGACGCGGCCGCGAUGACCGUUCGGCUGGCCGUCGCAACGGUCGCGUGCGUGAGCGGGAAGGAGCACGCCGCCCGCGAUCUGCGUCAACGCGUCGAUGCCUCCCGCGGCAUGCCCCGGCAUUUAACGCCCCGUGUCGCGUCGCUCCGCUCGCACACCGUCGCACAGUCGAACUCAAAUGUGUCGGGCGCGCGAAUAAGUGCACUUUACUCGCAAAACUCUGGAUGCCGCUCUGUCCCGCUACCAUGGGUGGGC